AUGUCGUAUCCACCGGCCAAGCGACAGCGAUCCAACACGUCGCGAGAUUCCGUCAACGGCAACCCGCAGACUACGGCUCCCGCCCUGCGACAUCACCAAAUCAGUCAGGGUAUCAACUUGUACUCGCCUACGGGCUACGAGAAUGGCGGCUAUUCCCUCCAACCCGCCGCGCGCCAGACUGUCGCCUACAACCCCUACUCUCCUGGUGCGGUGACAAAUUCGGCUGGCGGAUACGGCGGAGCGUACCAGACCUCGUCGACAGGCUACGGUGCCGGUCCGUACAGCCCCCAACAGCAGGCUAACACCUUCGCGGCUCACUACUCUCAACCGCCUACGAACGGCCACAUGACGUCUCAUGCUACACACUUUAACGGGAUUCGGAAUGGGAACUUCGCCGAGACACAGGCACAAGCACAAGCACAGACGCAGACGCUCUUACAGGGACAGUCACCGCAGACGGCCGCGGGUGGAACGUAUUCGCCCGUACCGACAACUCACCACAUCGCGAAUUAUAACCAGCAGCAACGUACUAACCCCCCGACGUCCACAAUACCACAGCAUCUAUCGCAGUACGGGGAGCCGUACACUUCCCAACCCGCAGCGCACGCCACGUCAUAUCAUGCCAGUACCAAUUCCUAUUCGGACGCUUCUACCUUGAAUUCCCACUUCAGCCCGGCACAUCUGCAGAGUCCGGCCCAUCUAGCAAGCCCGGCUCCUCUAUCGACCUCCGCAGCCCAGAACGGAAAUGGUCACACUCCCGACGAUGUCAUGCAAGAGGAUGACGACGAGGAAGAGGAUGCGCAAGGCGAGACGGCGGACGAGUCGACAGAUGUUUACACGAAUCCCGAUCCGCCGAACGGGUCCAUAUCGUCCAUACAGUCGGUUCCCACGCCACCGAUCGAUGCGUCGUCCAGAGGCGGUCAGCGAAUUAAAAAGUGCUCCUGUAAGACGGGACGCGGAGACAAGAAGGCCUGCGUGUUUUGCGUCUGUAGUAAGCAUGGACUCGGUUGCACUCCGACUUGCUCGUGCGGCGACGCCUGUGCGAACCCCUUUGCGGACCUGACGCAAUUCUUCGGCCCGCCGUCUGCGUUCCCGAAACCCUGCGGUGCCAAUGCGUGCUUUGCCACUUGGCUCUGUAACCAACCGAACGUCGAGGAGCUGGAUGUAGAUCUGAUAAUAGACAUACUGUUGUACGACGAUACGUCGUGGGCGACCAUCAAGGAGUACGCGGAGCCGUUCAAGAAGUGGGAGGACAGUUGGAAGCGGACCCGUGGGGGUAAGAGGAAGAAGAGUCGCGAGGAGCGCGAGCGCCUGGAGUUCGAGUUGCUCCGCGGCGCGCUAGGUAACUGCAACCAGAACGACUUCUACGGCUACUGGUAUAGUUUUUGUCGAGGCGGCUGGGUGGCGACCGAUCUCUGGGACCAUUGCCAGGAGUGUCGCGUCUGCAAGCCCAGCGCGGAAUGGCACUGCGACAAACAUAGUCGCUGCACGUCAGAACGCGUCUGUCCCGAUUGCGCAUCGACUGCACCGUACCCGAAUAUGAUGUCUUCGUAUCCGGAUCCCGGUAGUUAG